AUGAACAUCAGGAGGCAUCGCAGAUGCCUUCUUCUUGUGGCUGUUUUAGCCGUGACAUUAUCUACUUAUAUUGAGCAGGUUGCGAGCCUACCAGCUGAUUCUAUUAGCCAAUGGCCCUCAUUUCCCAGGAGGAACAUUGCGGCUUUAGCUAGGGAUGGCUAUCUGAGAAAUGCGGCAUCUAAAUCAAGUUACAAGCGAGGUAUUUCUACGCUUGCCAAAAAUGGAUUAUUGCCUACAUACAGAUCACCUUAUGUGGAAGCUGAAAAACAAGACCCUAAUCAAGAUGAAUCACAAGAGAAAAGAAAUGUGGCUUCAAUUGCUCGACUUCGGAGUUAUGCUGCCAUGAAGAGGAAUAUACAGGCUCUGGCUAGAGAUGGAUACCGCGUAGGCAGAGGACAAUAUAACCCUUCAAAUGACAAAAGGAACAUUGCUUCUUUGGCACGUAACGGAUUAAUGAUCCAUAAGAAAGAUGAGGCAAAUGAGGACGAAUACUACUUUCCGUUUUAUCAAAAUUCCAUCCCGCCUCUGUCCGAAAUAGAUCGUCCGUUAGAUGCUAAUGAAAUAUACGAUUAUCAGCAAUCGGUAAAUCCGGAUAUGUUCCCUGCUAUGUCGCAAUUGUAUAAACGUAGUGCGUAUGAACCGUACUAUGACAAUUAUGUACCUAAAGAUACGGAUAACUCGAACUUUAAGAGAACUUUUGCUGGUCUACCUAAUCAUGGGCUCUAUAGACCAAAUUACUUUGAACAGAAUCCAAGUAAUAAAAGAUACGUGAUGACGUUCCCUGAGGCAGAUGUGGAUGAAAGCGAAGAUCAGAAUGAGAUUGAAGGAGAUAAACGAUCCGUAGGUACUAAAAAGGCGCAUAUUGUUGACAGGGAAUAUAUCUCUGGUGCCGAAGCUGACUCAACAAUCGAUUCAGACAACGCCGACAUAUCGUCGCCGCCAGUACCUUCUAACUCGCACCCGACCGGCAGGAUCCUCCACCGACCGCUGAACAAUGACUUUCCAAACAUCAGUCCUCUGCCCUCGCCACCUUUUAUUCCAUCUAACAACCACAUAGAAACAUUUGCUAAGAAUCGUUGGCAAUCUAGUAGCAAAGAAACUCCAAAAUUUUACUAUUUUAGGUCUUUGAAGGUCCCAUACCAGACGUCAAAGAGAUAUUUAUUACUUCCCGCAGUUGACAAUAUUCUUUUAAGGAAAGCUUACCGCAACAGCAGUCUACCAAGUAGACGUAAAAACCAGUAG